AUUCAGAUAUAUUCAGUAAUGAGCUCAACAGCACUGCACCCACAUCAAAUUCAACGAAAACCUCCUCACCAAACUCUCCCAAACCCAUAAAUAUUAGUAUACAACACCGCUGAAGCUUCAUAUAUCAUGGCAUGUUUCGGCUGCUCCAGACGAGCUUCCAAGAAAAAUAUGUCCCAUGACAGUGAAGAAGACUCGGUCAAAACUGGUAGCUUGACUAAGAAGAAGAAGAAGAACUCAAUGACAUCUUGGCCGAGGCUCUGGACCAAGAAGUCUGACGCUAAAACUGUUCCGGUCGAUGUUUCGGUUUCCGGGAGCUUGGAUCCGGUUAGCAAGUCGCAUGAGAUUGAGGUGGAGAGGAAGAACAUUGGUUCUUCCAAAAAAUAUAGGCUGCCCAUCGGAGUCAACGCUCUUAGUAAUUACAAGAAGAGGUUGGGGACUGUCAAGGAAAUCAUCCUCGAAAGGCGCGAAAUAAACUCCUUAAAUUCUUUAGCGAAGGAUGAAAAGAAUGAUAAGAAGAAAUCCAGCCGGAAAAAAGAGCCAACCAAGAAAACCAGGCCAAGCAAAUCCAGUUCACCACCGGAAAACAUAAAUCCUGGUUCCGUCACUGCCAGUACUGCUCGAGUUGCUCAAACGUCCGCUCUACCGCCCCAGAAGAAAGCAAAAUUGACCACCCGCCAAAAGAGUAACGACAAUAUCGUCAAUCAUGAGAAGGACAGUAACGAGGCUACGAAUUCGAAUUCGAUGAUUGGAUUAUCAGUCAUAAUUGUAAUUUUAUUAUUAAUGUUGUUUUUAGGUAAGUUGUCUGCGAUUCUUUGUACAUCUGCAUGGUUUUAUAUGAUUCCUAGGUUACGAGCGGCAGUGGAUUCCAAUGUUACUGUCGAUAAUGUACUGGAAUAUUCCACUGUGCCAGAUUUGAAUUCCGAUGAACACAAGAAGAAGGUGGUGCUCGAGGGGCUUCUCCAGAGAAAUCAGCGAAAUAUCAUCCGAAUUUUUUGAUUUUUGUUGAUUUGAUUCGGAAUGUAUUGCUGUCACGUAUUUAUUUUUGUUCGGGAAUUAAAUGUAAAUAUCGAAGAGAAAUAAUAUGUGACGAGUAAAACAAAUUUGUAUUCGA